AUGGAGAACCCGAUACUCAGCAUCUCGCCGGCUUUGGUCUUCACUGCUCUGGCCAUCUGCCUCGUCCCGGCCAUUGCGCUCUACGGCCUUGCCCUCUCUCAGCGUGACACGCCUCUGCCACCACCUGCGGGUUGCCGUAGGCUAGGCCUCCAGGGCCCGAGUAACCUCGAGGACCAGCACUCAAAACGCUUUGCGCGCGGCGGUACGCGAACGCCUGCCAAUCCAUGGACAGUCAAGGCCAUCUUCAUCUAUCCGCUAAAGUCAUGUGCUCCCGUCGAGCUGGACAACACCGAAGUCCUCCGUACAGGUCUCAUGUACGACCGUCAAUUCACUUUUGGCCAAUUCGUUUCUGGACUACCCUCCAUGGACGGCAAGGUCAACAGUGAAUGGCAAUUCAUGUCCCUGCGCAAGUUCCCGCGUCUUGCCAAGGUCGAGACGGAGGUCUGGUAUCCAGAUCCAUCAGCCCCAGGCUACAGUGAAGACGGAGAGUGGGUUCUAAGUGAAGGGUGUUUGCUUGUUCGAUUCCCCUUCUCGCCAGAUACGGACUUCAGCUUCGAGGGACUCAAGAACUGGGGCAAGAUACUUGCAGCCAAGCUGGCAAAGCGCGCGGAGCCGAUGUUGGAGUUUAGGGUCCCCUUCAAUCCGCCAAAUGACCGCAUCAAGCGCAAGGGAUACAAGAGCCAGGAAUUGAAGAUCUGGAAGGACGCACCCCAAGCACUUGACGUCAGCCCUGAAAUUGACCCGGAGAUCCUUGCCAAGCUCAAAUACACCCUGGGCACUUCAAAUCCUGUCACGCUCUUCCGCAUCAAUCCCGAACAGCCUCGUGUGGUAACGAAGAAUGCCCCCAAAAAAGCAGAUGUCGGAUUCCAGACCACCAUCGGCAUGCAGGACUCUUACCCCGUCCACAUCCUGAACCUCGCUUCCGUGCACGAUGUCGCCUCAAAGCUCCCGCGCCAGGAAGGUCCCUGGCAGCUAGUUGUGCCUCUUCUCAACGCCCUCCGUUUCCGUGCAAACAUCUACAUCACUGGCCCACCCGCUUUCCACGAGGAUGCCUGGCUCAAAGCCCGUAUCUCUUCGCCAAACUCGUCCUACGCGCAUGAUCCCCUCGACUUGAACGUCUCGUGUCGCACCACGCGCUGCAAAUUGCCAAACGUAGAUCCGGAUACUGCGAUAGCUGAUCGCAAUGAGCCGUAUUCCACACUGAGGCAGUAUCGCAUUAUUGAUGAAGGCAACAAGAAUCCUUGUCUGGGCAUGCAGGUUGUGCCGUUGCAGAGUGGCGAGGUCAAGGUAGGAGACUACAUUGAGGUGCUGGAGUCAGGCAAUCAUCUCUGGAUUGGUGCUGAGGAUCCGAAAGAAGAUGAUUGGCAGCAUGUCCAAGAUCCGAAGAAGAGGAAGGCGAUCCAAGACAGACUGGCACAGAGAGCAAGACACUCCGCACUCGCACUAUCUCCAACCGACCCCAUCCUCGACUUCCUCAACCCCUCCCCCAACGAUCAACUCGCCAUUGACUUCACCACCCCCAAUUUAAUCAACCCCGCCCCUUACCUCCCCUCCCCGCAAUCCCCCCUCCAACCCCCCCUAACAAUCUUCACCGCCCUCUACCUCAACGGCCUCACCCUCUCCCUCUCCUGCACCGCCUGCCUCCACACCCCCUCCCCGCCCGCACAUGCCUCCCAUCCCUUAUCCCUCCACCCAACGCCCACCCAACUCACCACCGCGCACCCGCGCUGGUUCGACCGGCUGCCGUUCCCGACCAUGCGGGAUAAUCUGAUCAGAUUGAUGGACAUGGGCGUGUUGGAUGAGGAGGAGUUUCUGAGAGAUUUGUUCACGAUGGAGAGUUGGAGGAUUGAGACGAGGGGUGUGGGAUGGAGCGAGAGUGCGUGGAAUACGAGGGGGUGGAGGAUGGAAGGGGCGUGGAGGGGGAAAUGGGGGUGGUUGAUGUGA